CGGAGGUCUGCGUCGAAAUUUCCGGUGAACAAGGAGGGCUGGAGCAAAGUGGAAUCGUUCGUCCGUUCGUGUGCUGCGACCAAUUCAGGAUUGAGGAAGAAGACCUUUUUUUUUAAUUAAACAAAACGACGUCGUUUUGUAUUGGAUUGGGGAAAAAAAUUAGGGCCAAUCGGGCUUGGCCCAGCCCAACCGCCUGCAGCCCAAAACUAAAAGUUUUUUCCUAAACUAAUUAUCCAAAAACUAAUUACGAAGGUCGAAGGAGAGAGCAGACCAGCCGUAAGGGUUUAGCGCAAGCAGCAGACCAAGCGAGUGAAGCGACCAGCUCUCCAGCCUGCAGCCACCGUCGCCCGCCCGGCCCCACCGGACACCGGUCACAGCCUCACAGGCGACGCUUUUUGCUAAGCAUUUUGCUAUGAAAGAUUUGGGUGAUCUUCAUUAUUUUCUAGGAGUCCAGGCUGUGCGUUCCGCUAAAGGUUUAUUUCUUUCUCAACAUAAAUAUGUGUUUGAUCUUCUCUCUCGUUUCCAUCUCCACACUAUUAAAUUUGUUCGUACUCCGCUUGCUACUCGCACCUCUCUAUCCCUCACUGAUGGGGAACUUCUAGCUGAUGCAACUGAAUAUCAAAGUAUGGUUUAUACGUUACAAUAUUUAACUUUGACACAGCCUGAUAUUACUUAUGAUGUGCAUUUAGUAUCUCAGUUUAUGCAUGCUCCUCGUACUACUCAUUUGUUUGCAGUCAAGCGUAUUUUUAGAUACUUGCAUGGGACAAUUGAUCAUGGAUUGUGGCUUCAGCCAAAUACUCAGGCCACCUGUGUGGUUGCUUAUUCAGAUGCAGAUUGGGCAGGCUGUCCAGAUACGUCUCGUCCCACAACUGGUUUUGCAGUGUUUUUGGGUCCCAAUCUUGUCUCAUGGAAGUCCAAAAAGCAACCUACUAUCUCCAAGUCCUCUACAGAAGCAUAAUAUCGAGUUGUUGCCUAUACUGUACAAGAUACAUUGCAUAUACGUUCGGUCCUUUUUGAGCUUGGUUAUCCAGUUACAGUCCCAGUUAAGCUAUUCUGUGAUAACAUCUCUACUACCUAUUUGACUGCUAAUCCUGUUCAGCAUGCUCGUAGCGAGCACAUCCAGAUUGAUUACCAUUUUGUCAGAGAACGUGUGGCUCAUGGAGAUUUGGUCGUGAAUGUAAAUAGAGAAGUAUGGAAAUGUUUUUUAUAUUUCGAAUAAACAAAGAAUGCUGAAUAUAUACAGGAGUAUAAUAGCUAAUAUAGGAAAGUGUAUAUUCUACACUUAAUGACUAGAAUCUACAUUAGUUAUGCAUAUAUACUGCUGUAACAGAUCUCUAUCAUAAUCUACUUUGAUUGACCAUAUAUUCAGCUGCAAUAUCUAUACAGCUG